UUUGUUUGUCAGUUUUUUUUUUCCAGUUUGAAGGCGGCUUUUCGUUUAUCGAUUUGAUUUGCACCUGACUGCGCAAAGCGCCCCAUGGCACGCGAUUCGCGGCGAUUGUGACUCGGUUUCGCCGGUGGCCCCCAACCCAAGGACAUUUUGGCCCCCCUCGCCGGCCGCAUUUGUAUUUGUAUUUGGCGUUUGACCCGCGCCCGCGUUUUCAUGACCAAAACGGCGGCUGCGAUUCAAACGAAGCUCAACCGCAAAAAACAUUCGCGCAGCGUCAAUCAAUCGAGGCGGUACACUCCAUCAACUGUUGAUGCAACAUUGCCAUGUCGGUGGCGAGGAACAAGAGCGUCGGCGGCGGCGUCGGCGGCACACAAGGCGCAGCUGGAGGAUCGGAGCUGGCGUCUGCAACUGGAGCAAGUGCAUCCGAGACGGACAAUGUGACCGCCCUUGAGCUGCAGUCCAACAAGCGCAUGCUGUACUUCAGCGACGGCGUCAUGGAGGAGUUGUCCUCCGGCAGCGAGGACGAGGCGGACGCGGAAAUCGCUGACAAGUGCUACGAUGUCCAUUUGAACGAGAGCGAAAUGCCGCUGGGACCACGCCUGCGUUACAAGGCCAGCAGGAUGGGCAAUAAAUUCCUGGCCGGAAUCGACUAUGUGGGCGGUGGGCUGGCCCAUCUGCUGGGAAUCACCAGCAGCAAGUAUGCCAGCGAAAUGGAGAACUACCAGAGGGCCAAGGAAAACGGCGACGAGGACCUUGACAAAUGGCAGCCGCGCGCCAUGUCGAGCAGCAACAACAACAGCAGUGGCAACAACAAUCGAAACGAGACCAUCGUUCUCUGCGGACCAACACGCAGCGAGGCGACCUUGCCACCCACUCGGCAAUAGGCAAACGGGGUGGC